UAAACUGAAAAGACUGAAUAACGGAACAUUUCUUAAUUUCCAAAACCUUACGUAUGUUAAUCUAAACGCAAACUUGCUAACGAAUCUGGAAUCCGGCGCGUUCAAAGGCUUGUGUAGCCUGAACAGUCUGCUUUUUGCUAAGAACAAGCUGAAAGAUGCAUUUCCAAAAGGUAUUUUCAACGGCCUCGGGAAUUUGCAUACCUUAAACGUUGAAGCAAAUGAGAUGACGUCAUAUCCAGACUGGGCAUUUCCUCCUUUAACCAAACUGCACAGUUUAUAUGUUGACUCCGUUCCAGAUCCGGUGUUUGGUUCUGGAUUCUCCGCACUAGCAAAUCUGAGAGUAUUGCAAAUGGAUUCAAGUUUUCUUUAUAAAGGAGAUUGUUCGAUACAGAAGCUUACAAAUCAAACGUUUCUAAGUUUGAAGGGGGUCAAACUGGAGGUUUUGAUUCUGAAUAACUGCAAUCGUUUAGACGAUUGUGAGAAUGGUGUCCUCGAGCCUCUGUUGUUCCUGAAACAUUUGGAAAUGUCACACAAUCGCAUAGGCCUUCAAAACAGUCUACAUCUUCUCCAUCCCCUUGUCGGCAGAAACAUGAGUCGAAUUUGGUUCAAUGGGACAGCUCCACACUCACGCCAACACAAGCAAGACAUUGAUGACCACAUACUUACUGCUAAAAGCACAAAAUACCUUACUCAAAUAUGUGUAGCGGAAUUAUCAUUGAGGGAAAACGAGAUUAUCUUGGUUGAGGUUGAUUCUGUUAAUAAACAACCUUUUCGACUUUGCAUCGAAGUUUUAGACAUGUCCAAGAACCGUAUAGUCGGCGAUGCUGGUCUUUUGUUUAUGUUGUGGCUAUUUCAAAGACUAAGAUAUUUAGAUUUUAGCUAUCAGUACCUUGAAUAUGCCUUACCAGAUUCUCAAUAAAUCUCAGUUAUUUCGACGCAACCUUGACAUUACGUGCCCAUGUGUCUCCUUCUGUUGUCAAUUUUUUAAACACGGACAAUCUGGAGACCUUCCGUAUUGGUGAUAACAGUUUCAAAGGCUUGGAUCGUAUUACGGGACUGGAAAAUGUGAAAAAAGUCUAUUUGUCCGGAAGCCAAUUCGUCAAUGUCACUGAAUCUCUUUUCCAUUCCUUUUCAAACGUCCAGGAGCUGGCUUUAAGUAACUGCAACUUACAAUUUGCUAGAAGCCCCGGAAACAGUUCUUUAUACAUUUUGCAUAACCUACGGGCUGUAGAGUACUUGGACCUUUCUUCAAAUAAUCUCAGAUAUUUCCCAGUUUUGCCCAAUGCAGGUAAAAUUGUUCACGUCAACUUAUCGCAUAAUUCUAUUGCCACCGUAUCCAUUGGAGAAAAUACUUACAAAAGCCUGAUUUUUCUGGACAUAUCUUUCAAUUUAAUAGGACAACUGAACAAAGAAACACGUUCCCAGCUUGAUAUGGCCUUUGAAAGAACCAGUCUCAAAAUUAAGAUUGGAGGAAAUAUUUUUUCGUGUGGAUGUGAAAACCUGGACUUCAUUCUGUGGUUGAUGGAUACGCCCGUUAUUUUCGAUUCAGACAGAGAUUUUCCCUGCAUUCAGGACAAUGGCACGAUGACGGGGACAGCUAAAGUGGUCAUGAAUCAGUUAUAUAUCCUUCGCCACUGUACAGGCAAGUUACUACUCAGCCUCACCGUAACGUGUAUGAUUGUGGUGUUAACUUCUGUCUUCAUAACCUAUGUCAUUUCGAAGAAUCCUACAAGGUAUCGGAACAUUGUCAUCAGAAGAUUUGGGUUCGGUGUAGAAUAUCUAGCCCCUAAACAAUUUGAAUUCACCUUCUAUGUUGGAUACUGUGGCAGUGAUGUCCCUUUCGUUUACCGGAUACUAAGACCUGGACUGGAGCUUUGUAUUCGACCUGUGCGCCUCUUUCUCAAAGACAGAGAAGUACUUCCGGGUCAAGACAUUGCUGAAGGGAUCAUUGAAGGAGUCAAUGGUAGCUGGAAGACAAUCCUGGUCAUAUCAAAUGACUUCCUAGAAGAUUCAUGGACACACUUUACAGUAACCUCGGCUUUGUACGCCAUGUCGGAUGUCAUUCUUAACCGUGUGAUUGUCCUCCUUGUGGGGGGCGUCCUCAUGGAGGACCUGCCUGAGCGUGUCCUCAAUAUGGUGGAGGAGGACUGCAUGCUUCGUGUGAAAGAUUACAUGGAUAUGGAAGGGGAGCUUUGUGAGCAUCUGCGACAUGCUGCUGGAUUGUAAAUGACACCCGAGUUCAGAUAUACCGUAUUUUCUCUAAUAAGCGCU